CCUCUCUCAAGUAUCCACAAUAGGAAUCAUAUAUAAACGUUGCCCUCAACCCCAGGAACAUCACUGACGAAAGCAAUAGUCACAGUCCAGAGAGUUUACAAUUUACAAACUCUUGUCAACAUGUUCAAACUUCUCGUUAUCGCGACCGUCGUGGCUGUAGCCAUCGCUGAUGUGCAGCCAGCCAUUGAGGCUUUAAAGACCGCUAUCGACAAUCUCGAUAUUCCCGAUGAACGCAAGGCUCUUUAUAAGGCCAGCGCUGACAAAUCGAAGGAAUGCCUUGAAGGUGUUGCCGCUGAUGCCGGACCAGAACGCAUUCAAGACUACAUCACCAAGCUGAGCCCGCUCGUCGCUGCUUGCAGCGAAGAAAUCAAAGGUAUUGCCCAUGAUCAUGUUGAGGAGCGCAAAACAAAGUUCCAGGAAUGCAUGAAGGAAAAGGUUCACGGGGAAGAGUCGACCCUCGACGAAAAGCAGAAGGAGAACGUUGUCAAAGUCAAGGCUUGCCUCCAGCAGGCGCUCGCCUCCUAAAAAGGACCAGACAGAUUUAGCAACGAAUGCGGACCAAAGCCGGUACAAGUCUGCCUGAAUGAUCUGUUGCCAAUGAUGUAAAGUGAAUAUAUAUGAAGAGAUCCCAUGGCUGUCUGUCAAUAAAUGUCGAAAAUUAUUUUUUCUGUA